AUGGAAAAUUUUCAAACCCAAUUUUUAGAUCUUGCUUUAGAAUCCCAGGCAUUAAAAUUUGGCACUUUCACCUUAAAAUCAGGUCGCCAAUCACCAUAUUUCUUUAACUUAGGAUUUUUUAACACUGGUAAGUUGUUAUCGGCAUUAGCAACUUCAUAUGCCAAUGCUAUUAUCAAGUCCGGUUUGGAGUUUGAUAUUAUCUUUGGUCCUGCUUACAAAGGUAUUCCAUUAACAGCUAUUACUGUUGCCAAAUUAGCCGAAUUAGAACCUACAAAAUACGGCAAAGUUGGCUACUCUUUCAAUAGAAAGGAAAAGAAGGAUCAUGGUGAAGGUGGAUCUAUUGUAGGAUGCCAGCUCGCUGGAAAGAAGGUCUUGAUAAUUGAUGAUGUCAUGACCGCAGGUACUGCAAUUAACGAAGCAUUUUCUAUUAUUAGGGAAGAAAAAGGUGAAGUUAUUGGUACUAUUAUUGCUUUAGAUAGACAAGAAACAACUGCUGAUUCAGAUUUAUCGGCUACUCAAGCGGUCCUGAAGAAAUAUGAAAUUCCAGUUAUUUCAAUUGUGUCCUUGUCAGAUAUUAUCAAUCACUUAAAGGACAAGAUCUCACCAGAAGAAUUAAGUUCUAUUGAAGGAUACAGAAAGCAAUAUGCUCCUAAGAAUGUUUAA